AUGCCAAAGAAUCAAACAAAAUUUAACUUAAAUUGGCUUUCUCGACUUGAUGAGAAUAAAGAUCCUGUGAAAAUAUGGUUAAAAGCUGGUCCAUCAUCAUCAACAUUUAAAUGUACUCUAUGUCAAACAAAUGAACUCGAUUGUGGAAAUCAAGGAUGGAAGGCAGUUGAACAACACAUGAAGAAUGUAAAACAUAAACAAAUCUUGCACCAAUGGAAAGAAAACGUUAAGUUCGUUGUUUCAUCUUCACCCUCCAAUUCAUCUUCAUCUUCAUCUUCAUUCUCAUCAUCAUCUACUUCUUCUUCUGUUGCAGUAUUAGAAACAAAUAACAAUAAACAUAAAAUUUUAAAUUUCGAAGAUCAGGUUAUCAAAGCGGAAAUUCUUUGGGCAUUGAAUAUUGCUCAACGAGGAUUCAGUUACAGUUCGUGUAACGAAUUGAACAACAUGUUCUCAUCGAUGUUUCCUGAUUCUAGCAUUGCUGCCAAAUUUUCUAUUCAAUCAAACAAAAUGUCUUAUGUGAUAUCUCAUGGUUUAGGUCCAUAUUUCAAAAAGAAAAUAAUCGACGACGUGAAGAAAACGGACAAGUUUGUUCUUAUAUUCGAUGAACAAACUAAUAAUCAAAACAAGAAACAACUUGAUAUGUGGUUUAGGUAUUGGUGCAAUGAAAAAAAAUUAGUUGUUAAUCGGUUUUACAAAACAGUUACAUUAGGGCAUGCAUAUGCAAGAACAAUUCGUGAUAUUAUUAUUGAAUCAUUUGCUACUGAUGGAUUGGAUUUGAAAAAACUUCUUAUGUUGUCAAGAGAUAAUCCAAAUGUGAAUAUAGCUCUUGAAAAGAUGAUUGAUUCAGAAAUGCAAAAACAAGGCAGUUCUUUGCUCAAGCUUGGUAGCUGUAGCAUUCACAUCGUUCAUAAUGCCUUUAAGAAUGGUUUGUUAAUUUCAAAAUGGCAUGUCGAAAAUUUUUGUCUUGAUCUUUACUCAUGGUUUAAAUGUUCACCUGCACGACAAGAAGACUUUAAAAAUGUUUUAGAAGAAAUUGAUUCUCUUUUAGAAAAAACAAUUUUAUACUUUUCUAUAACUAGGUGGAUUUUGAUGGGAAAAGUUGUGAAACGAAUUAUAAAACCAUUAGUUCAUGUUUUGUAUCAUGAAAUGACGGAAUUAUUUCGUGAUGUUCUUUCAUCAUUCUUGAAAAUAGAUGUUGUUCAACAUAAAUCUGGUCAAGAAUUAUUAAAUAUUACUUUGGAUCAAAGUAAUCUAUGGCGUUCUGAAAAAGAAAUAAGAAUUGGUGAACAAACAACAAAAUUAAUAUCAUCACUGAAUUUUGAUGAGAAAAAAUCUUUUUACCAGGAUGUUAGAAAGAUUUAUGAAACAAUUGGAAAUUAUCUUAAAAAAAAUCUUCCAUUAGAUAAUAUUCUUUUACGUGAUUUACAAGUUUUGAAUUAUUCAUCAAAAUCUGAUGCAAAAAGUAAUGAUCAAAUUCUUCGAGUUGCUCGAGCUAUUCCGAAUUUAUUCAACGAUAAAGAAAUAGAUAAUUUAACGAACGAAUGGAUUUUAUAUUGUUUUGAAUCAAUUGAUGAAUCAUGGAUUAUCAAAGAUAAGUAUGUUGAUUCUAAUGGACUUGACCACAUUCAAUAUCAUUCAAUUGAUUACUAUUGGAGCCAAGUUUUUUCAAUAUUGACAAGUAAUGGUACACCAAAGUAUCAAACAUUAGCUAAACUUAUAAGAAAUGUUUUAAUUAUUGCUCAUGGGAAUGCAGAUGUAGAAAGAGGAUUUAGUAUAAAUUCACAUAUUGUUACAGAUAAUCGAACAUUGUUAUCAGAAACAUCGAUAAAUGGUUUGAGAUUGGUUCACGAUGGAGUCAAAUAUUUUGGAUCUGGUUCAACACAUAAAGUACCUAUCACAUCAGAUAUGAUCAAUGUAGUAAAAAAAUCAUCUAGUAAUUAUCGAGACGAAUUAUUGAUCGCCAAAACGGCAAAUAAUAUUUAUAGUAAGACAAACAAUAACAAUAAAGAAUUAAUUCAAAUUGAACGUCAACAACAGAUUGAAGAAGAAAAGAAAUUAUUGGAUAAACAAAAAGAUCUUGAUAAAGAAAUGAAAGAAGCUGAAUAUCUCAUUCAAGAAGGAACCAAUCGAUUGGAAAAUGGUCUGAAAAAUGGUUCCUUAUCAGAAAUAUAUGCUGCAAAACUAUUAAUUGCUGGUGGCCACGAGAAGAUAACAGCUACUAAUGAAAAACAGCGACAAGUAACAAAUGAACUUGAUAAACUUCGAUUGAAAAGAAAGGAUGCAUUAGUUCAUGAACAAUCACCAAAUAAAAAGCUGAAGAAAAUCUAA